AUAAAUGUACACAUAUAUAUGGAACCAGGCGAUUGUCGUGUUAUUCGUAACGCAGGUCGAUUGUUAACUUGAAGUUUUUCUCGAGCAAUAUAUUCUUAUUGUGUAUUUUCAAUUAUUUUACAACACAUUUCUAAUAUACCUCACGAAGAUGAAUGUCUCUAUACUGCUUACUUCAAUACUGAUCGUUGCAGGGCUUAUUUGCAUGGCAGAGUUUGGAGAUGCUGCUGGGAAACGAAUGGCAAAAGGUUUUAAAAGAGGGCGUAGAAGAAACAAUAAUUGGCGACAAUGGGGUGAAUUCGGGCAUUGCAGUGCAACAUGUGGCAUUGGCGUGACGACACGAUAUCGCCUGUGCAAAAAAAUUAUGUGCAGGGGAAAGUCUUUUUCGACACAACCGUGCUUUGUGCAACCAUGCGAAGAAGGUAAAUGGAAACCUUGGUCAAACUUUGGUCCCUGCAGUAAGUCCUGUGGAGGGGGAAUCAAAAUCAGAAAACGAAAGUGCAAAGGAAAACAAUGUUUAGGGCCUGAUCAACAUUCGAAACCAUGCAAUAAAAUAAAAUGCAAAGGUAAAUGGAGUGCCUGGGGUCCACCAGGUCCUUGCAGUAAAAAAUGUGGUGGGGGGAAAAGAGAACGCGUAAGGACAUGUUUGACUACGGAAAAGUGCUACGGACCCAGUAAGAAAAAAGAUACAUGUGGUACAAAAGUAUGCCCAGAGCCUUCAAUCUGGGGACCGUGGACUAAAUUUGCUCCAUGCACAAAAUCAUGUGGAACCGGAGUUAAAGUAAGAACAAGAAAUUGCAAAUCGAAGACAUGCAGAGGACCAAACACACAAAGAGGAGACUGUAAAACACAACUAUGCGAAGCUGCGUCAGUGUGGGGAGAAUGGGGUAAAUUUUCGCCGUGCAGCAAAUCUUGUGGAACAGGAAUGAAAGUGAGGACAAGAGAAUGCAAAAGUAGAACAUGUCUCCGUGGACCCUCCAAACAAGUUGGGAAUUGUAAGGAAAUACCGUGCCCUGGAGAUUGGAGUGAAUGUACAAAGUCUUGUGGAAUUGGAACGAGAUAUAAAUUUGAUUCAGAAAACUGUCUGAAUCCCGGUAAUCCAAAAUGUUUUAGGACGUUUGAAGAAUGCAAUAACAUAGAAUGUCCAGAAGAAACGUGCACCGAUGGUAAAGAUUAUCGAUAUGGAAUGAAGUAUUCAUGUUGUGAUAACGAAGAAUAUGGUGGAAGAGUCAUUAAGGGUAAAGAAGCCGAACUUAGCCAAUGGCCUUGGAUGGUGUUGAUUGUCUUCAAACAAAUAUGUGGGGGAUCAUUAAUACACCCACAAUGGAUUUUGACCGCCGCCCACUGUUUCAGUGAAGAAACUGAUCCAGAUCCCUCGUCUAUCUCUGUUUAUGUAGGAAUUCAAAACUUAACACAAAGACAAGAUUCAUCAAAGCGCCAUUUGGUGGAAAAGCUUAUACAACAUCCCAGAUACAAGGAUCUACAAAACGAUGUCACUCUUCUAAAGCUUAAAGAUGAAGUGAACACACAGUUUCUAUCAACAGUCUCGACAAUCUCCCUCCCGCUCUCUGAAGAUACUCCUCUAGAUUCGACUUGUUUUACUGCUGGAUGGGGAUUGACAAACCCUCGAAGUUUCACUCCUUCCGACCCUCUCAUGGAAGUAGAUGUCCAGGUACUUGAUAUUGGUGUAUGUAGAAAAGCUUACAAAGAUAAUCGGCAAGUUGGAUCCUAUGUUAUGGAGUCUAGCAAACUAAUAUGCGCCGGGAGUUUAACCAAGAAAAACGAUGCUUGCAUGGGCGAUAGUGGCGGUCCCCUCGUCUGUCAAAGAUGUUCCUCGUGUGAAUGGUAUCUGGCCGGCGUGACCUCAUUCGGUCCAGAAGAUAACUGUGGAUUACCUGGACAUCCAGGCAUGUACUCAAGAGUGAAGAGCUUCGAGAGCUGGAUCGUCGGUCAUAUACCAUCCUUGAAAGGAAAACAAAAAUCAUGCGAGUACAAAUAUGGACCUUGAACCUAUUACAAGAACCUGAAGUGAUUUAAGUUCAUGGGUCGUACUGACGUAAGCCUGUGAAACAAUUUGAAUAAA